GGCUCCAGGGGACCCCGGCGGCUCCACAGGCACCCCGAGGAGCUUCACGCAGGGCCUGGAGGGUCCAUAAGGGCACCCACAACCCCUACAGAGGCUCUGGAGGGUCUAUAGAGCCCCCCCAGACUCGCUGCAGGGGCAACAGGGACCCCAAGAAGCCCCGGAGAGCCCCAAAACAGCCCCUGCAGUAUCCACAGGGACCCCCAGGCUCCCCCCAAAUCCCACAGGGAAUUCCCCGCGGAGCCUCAGGGCCCAGCCCAGGGGCGGGGCUCCAGCCGGGGGCGGGGCCCGGGGCACUGAAAACCCCCCAGGGCCCCUCCGUGCCCCACACACCUGAGACCCCCUCCCCCGGGACCCCCAUGGCGCCUCCACCGCCCCCCGGCCACCUCAGCCUGGCCCGCGGGCUGCAGCCCCCCCUGUACCAGGACGCCGUGGCCCGCCGGGCCCUGCGGCCCGCCCUGCUCAGGAGCGUUUCGGUGCCGGCCGAGCCCCCCGCGCCCCCCGCCAUGGAUGUCACCUACGCCGUGGUCAACAAGCCCCGCCGGGGGGGCGGGGCCGCGGGGAGAGGCCCCUCCCCCUUGGGGAGAGACCACGCCCCCUUCGGACGAGACUCCGCCCCCUCGGGCACGUGCUCGCUGCCGGGCAGCCCCGUGCGCCGCCCCUCCCCCAGCCCCGCAGGCUCCCCCAGACCCACGGAUGGCGCCUACGAGGUCGUGACCCCCCCUGCUGACACCGGCAGCGGCCCCUGCCUGGGGUUUAACUUCCGCAUCGGGAAGCCCAAGGGCCCGCGGGACCCCCCGGCCGAGUGGUCCCGGGUGUGAGGGGGGGUCUGGAUCCCUGUGGGCCCCCCCAAGAGAGGAGGGGCUGCAGCAGAGCCCGGCUGAUCCUUACGGCACCCAGUAUAAACAAAAACGAUUUAUUACAAAUAAAAACUGCUUGUGAGA